CUUCAAUUACAUAAACGAUAACUGUAUUUUGUGUAACAAUUAGGCGCCAAAUACGUGUUCACCAAAGUGUACGAAAGAUUCCAGGUGUGCAUUUAGGAUAAAAUUAUGUCGUGGUUUUAUCUGUAUUCUGGAAUUAGUAUUGGCAGCUGAAGUGAAUGUGUUAAGUGUGUGAGAGACUUAAGUGGCAGCCAGAUAUUUUGUUGUCAUGUUUUACGCUCAUUUUGUUUUGGCCAAGAAGGGCCCAUUGGCCCGCAUAUGGCUGGCAGCGCACUGGGACAAAAAGUUGACAAAAGCUCAUGUAUUUGAAACUAAUAUUGAGAAAUCAGUUGAUGGAAUUCUACAGCCAAAGGUAAAAAUGGCGUUGCGAACUUCUGGUCACUUGCUUCUUGGAGUAGUUCGAAUUUAUUCACGCAAGGCAAAAUAUUUGCUUGCUGACUGCAAUGAAGCUUUUGUGAAAAUAAAGAUGGCAUUCCGCCCUGGGAUGGUGGAUCUACCUGAAGAACAUCGCGAGGCUGCUGUGAAUGCCAUUACAUUACCUGAAGUUUUCCAUGACUUUGACACUGCAAUGCCUGAGUUGAAUGAUGUUGACAUAGAGGCUCAGUUUAGUUUGAAUCAGUCACGAGCUGAGGAGAUCACCAUGCGAGAAGAUUAUGGGAGUAUUACCUUGGUGGCCAGUGAUGAAGGAUUUGGUGACAUGGGAUUUGACGCUGAACCACCAGAGUUAAUGAGAAACGUUCCUAGUCUCGAACCAUCUCUGGAUCAGGCAAAUUUGUUGUUCAGUGAUGGUCCUCCAGUGGAACAUUUACCAAUGGAAAAAGAAAAAGAACCACAACCUUCAACAUCAGCUGGCCAGAUUGAAGCCCCAAUUAGAGAUGACGGUUUUGGCAGAGAUCUUGGGCAAGAUAUAAUUGCUGGUGGGCUUUUUGAAGGAGGCCUGUUUGAUGAGGCACCCAUGCCUGCAGAAGUCCCUGCAGUUGAGACAAGUUCAUUGCAGCCACCGGAAGAGCCUCCGAAGCCACCAGAGGUUGCUGCGCCUCAAGAUAGUGAUGACGACAUGGGUGACCACUUUGGAGGACCCCCUUCAGUGGGUGGCCGCAGUAGUAUUGGUGGGGAAUCAAGGCCAGCAACACCUGUCCCUGGCCAAGUCCCAGAAAGGCCUGCAUCUGCGGAGCCUAUGAUGCAGCCACCACCUGUACCUGAACCAUCAGUUUUCCAGCAGGAAGCUGGAUUGGAAGACGUUGCUGGUCAGCAGCAAGAUCAAACAACUCUCCUGCAUAACGAAGAAGAGAGCUUUGCAUUAGCACCUGUUGAUGCUUCUGCAUUAAAAGGUUUUACUAAGACAAAGCGGAAACGGAAGCUGAUUGUGGAUGAAAUUAAGAAUAUUUCUGGAGAAGAAAUGAAAGCUCAGCUUUCAGAUACAAGUGACAUAGUCACUACAUUAGAUCUUGCCCCACCAACUAAGAGAUUGAUGCACUGGAAGGAAACUGGUGGAGUGGAGAAGUUGUUUGCCUUACCAGGGCGCCCCAUUCCAGCACGUGUUUUGUUUAAGAACUACCAAAGACACCUCACAAGUCGCCCAGCUGAGAAUUAUGACUUCGGCUUGGGCGUUGAUGAAGGGGAGGAAGAUAUGGCUCUUGAACAGGUGCGUGAAGGGGAAGCAGAGCUUGUCCAACAAGAUCCCCGUCGGUCAACUCGCAAAAGAAAACUGGUUGAACCUGAAGAGUAUCAGCCAUCAAAAAAAGUUGACCUGGCACAAGAAGAGGAGGUACCUGAUGUUGGUCAGUACUUACCACAACCUUCAGUGGCCCCUACUGUCACUGAUGCACUGACUGCGACAAGUACAGCUGCAGAAAUUGCUGUGGGUGUUGUUCCUAUGGACACAGUUGCCCAUAUGCCACCUCAUACUCCUGCCCCAGAGGUUUCAGAUGUUCAGCAGCUACCUGUUGUGCCUCAGCCACCUGCAACACCACUACAAGUUCCUGUUGACUCAGAUAUGCCUCAUCUACCACCAGAGCAGGUGCAUUCUUUAUUGGUGCAGCAUGAGCAUAACCUGGUUAACCCAUUAACACCCGGAGUUCCAUCAGUAGCAGCUCCCAUGACCCCGGGGCCACCACCAAUGACGCCAGGACCACCACCGAUGACACCUGGACCACCACCGAUGACGCCAGUGCCAGCACCGAUGACACCAGUGCCAGCACCGAUGACGCCAGUGCCACCUGCAAUGAUGCCAGUGCCACCUGCAAUGAUGCCAGUGCAACCUCCAAUGACGCCAGUGCCGCCUCCGAUGACGCCAGUGCCCCCUCCGAUGACACCAGUGCCGCCUUCAAUGACACCAGUGCCUCCUCCCAUGACACCUGGUGCUCCACCAAUGACUCCAGUGCCUCCCCCAAUGACCCCAGGGCCCCCACCUAUGACACCAGUACCUCCGCCGAUGACACCCAUGAUACCACCAUUGACACCGGCCCCUCAGGUUCCCAUGGAACAGGAGGAAGCAGUCACAGCUCAUAUAUCUGCUGCUGUUUCUGUGCCUACACCAGCUCCAGUCCCUGAACAUUUGUCAACAGAAGCACCAGGGGAAGUGUUACAGCCGACUGAACAGCAUUUGCCAACAAUGGAAAACAUGGGUUAUGACCAUAAUAUUCCUCAGAUGGCAAAUAUGGGCUAUGAUGAGCAACACCCACCAGCGCAAACUCCAGGAGCCCAUUCUGAGAGAGGUGUCUUAACGCCUUGGAAUGGUGAAGAAUAUGAGUUUCCUCAAUCUGUUGGACCACAAGAAGAACAGCAGGUUGAUGAGACAUAUGAGCAAUUUGAGGAACGAGUGCUGAAUAAACGUGCUGCUCAUAUGUACCACAUUGUGAGGAGUAAACUGGAACGAUGUGACAAGCUUUAUUUUUCAGAUAUGGUGCAUCGAAAUAACAGAAAACAGGUGGCACAAAAGUUUUACACCCUUCUUGUUUUAAAGAAGCAUACCGUGUUGGAACUGACGCAGGAGUCAUCAUAUGAGAACAUACACAUUACGAGAGGCAACAAAUUUGAAAAUCCAUCCUUAUGAGCUGAAGAGUGACUUGAAGUCAAGUGUUGUGUCAAAGACAGAAAAGCAAAAACUGUGUCGUGUAUAUAGACCUAUUGUUGAGCACCAAACAUUUUAUACUGUGAAUUUGCCGUGUUCUUUUCAACUUAAUAUUUUUCGAAAAGGCAAUGUUUUGCUGUAGUUAUAUCACAGGCAUUGUAUAUAUACACAUUGGAGAAAGGCAGAGUAAAGGUGUGCAUCAUAAAUUACAUUAUCUCAUUUUGCAGGUACUAAUUUGUAAAGUUGACUGAUGAGAGGCAGUGCAAAUAUAAAUUUUAAGAACAAGUUGAGGCUGUGCAGUAUCACAAAAUAGUGAAAUUUUUAAAAAUUUUAUCAACAUAUAAAGUUUACUGCUAUAAGUUGAAAAGAAAGCAUUUUAUCAUUAAAAUAGUGUUUUUAUGAGUGUAAAUGCAGAAAUGAAUUUUGUAUAUAUUGUUAGUAAGUUAUUCAUUUGAAAUGGUGAAUGUAAUUUAUAAGUAUGAGGUCAGCUUGUUAGCAAAUUGUUGGUUUAUUAGACACAAUCACAGAUCGUUGUUCUUGUUAAGUGCAUAUGCUGCAACAGUCUGUUGACAUUCUAGUUAUUUGGUGAUAUAUUUUGUGCUCAUUUUUUAUUGGACCAAUGCUCCACUUACAUGACCUGUCAAAAAUAAGGAUAUGCAGAUACGUUUGUGAAGUGGGCCAUUUUACUCCAUAAUGAAGUGGGAAAAAACCAACUUGUCUGGUAUAGAAUUUUUACACAUUUUCAGUCUGUAGUUAAGUGAUUCUGUGUCUCUCAAGUUAAUAUUCAGUUUUUUAUUGCACCCAUUUUUUUCCAAGAAAAUUUGGAAGAUCAUGCUUCAUUGCAUUUUUAAUACCUUUUUAUGUGCCCAUGGCAGAUUAUAAUAUAAUCAUUGGAAUUUUUUCUUGAUAUUUCCUCCCUUGUAUUUUUACUUCCUUUUAUCUGUAUUUGAAGGUUUUUACUUGUCUUUUAGCAUUAUUAUUUAGAGAUUUACAGCAAAAUUCUAAAUAAAAGCAUAAUGGGUAGAGCAACAUGCCAACCUGUUUACUACAGCAUGACCACUUGAGAUUUUUGUUGCUGCCAGAUGGACCAAGUAAAAAUGAGCCCUUUUGAUCCAAAGAUAUAUAUACACACCAACAUUUGCUUAUAUUGUGACUUUCCAUGUAUGUUGUCUGUUACAAGGAAAAGUGCUAUAUCAAACUGACUUUUUUAGUCAUGCUGUUCAGACAGCUUUUUCAGUCUCAUUAUUUUAUUGACUAGAUUUGACAUGUCUUGGCACAAAAUAUUUCUCUAAUUUUCACUUUUUGUAUAUUUUACACGUCACAUCAUGUAAAGGGCAUGUCACAAAUAAGCUCAUUACUUAUACAAUUGUAUUUGAUUUUUUAUUCCUGUAUAACUGAUUUUCUUUUUGUGGAGCUUUGUUCACAUAUUUGCAUGUAUAAUAAUUUGGAUUAAAAUAUAAAGGGUGUUAUAAAACAUUUUAAUUUCAUAUCUGUGUUUGUAACCAGUCAGAGCCAGUAGUUGUAUGCUUUACAUCCUUUGUACUAUGUUGUAUUACAUCUUGAGAAGGAGAGAUUCAGGACAAUAACAAUACUUACAUUCCAGUCA